AUGAUGAAGAGAAUUUUAGAAAACAGCAAACGUAGGUUAAUGCUUCUUUGCACAAUUUUUAUGCGAUACUGGGAAGUCAAUGAUCUCACUUUUCCUGUUGAAUUCCCAAGUGAUUUUCCUAGAACUUCUCUCCACUUCAUUCUGCUUAAUUACAUGGGGAAAUAUUACAAAAAUAAUAUAUUUACAGUUAUUCAAUAUCAACAACCUAUUAUAAGUUCUACAUCAACUACUUGUUGA